CGACGGCGGCGCUUGACGGCGGCGGCAGCAGUUGGCGGCGGUGGCGGCGGGCCCGGUGUCGGUGGCGGCGGGGCGGUCAUGCUGCUCACCGUGUUCUGCCUGCGCCGCGACCGCAGCGAGCUCACCUUCUCCCUGCAGGUGGACGCCGACUUCGAGCUGCAGAACUUCCGCCUUCUCUGCGAGCUGGAGUCCGGCAUCCCGGCGGCUGAGAGCCAGAUAGUCUAUGCGGAGCGGCCGCUGACUGACAACAACAGAUCUUUGGCCUCCUAUGGCUUGAAAGACGGGGAUGUGGUGAUCCUGCGACAGAAAGAGGCCGUAGAGCCGCGGCCCUCCAUCCGCUUCCCAGGUCUGCCGAGGAUAGACUUCAGCAGCAUCGCGGUUCCGGGCACGUCCACGCAGCAGCAGCAGCCGCCAGCGCAGCGCCUGCGCCCGUCGCCUCCCGAUGCCCCCUCGUUCCCUCAGGGGCUGGACAACCCGGUGCUGCUCAGGGAGAUGCUGCUCGCCAACCCCCACGAGCUGUCGCUGCUGAAGGAGCGGAACCCGCCCUUGGCGGAGGCGCUGCUGAGCGGAGACCUCGAGAAAUUCACCAGGGUGUUGCUGGAGCAGCAGCAGGACCGAGCCCGGCGGGAACAGGAGAGGAUCCGGCUCUAUUCAGCUGACCCUUUUGAUCUUGAGGCACAGGCCAAGAUAGAAGAAGACAUAAGGCAACAAAACAUUGAAGAAAAUAUGACGAUAGCAAUGGAAGAGGCCCCUGAGAGCUUUGGGCAGGUGGUGAUGCUGUACAUUAACUGCAAAGUCAAUGGACAUCCAGUGAAAGCCUUUGUUGACUCAGGUGCCCAGAUGACCAUCAUGAGCCAAGCUUGUGCUGAAAGGUGCAACAUCAUGAGGCUGGUAGAUCGGCGAUGGGCUGGCAUUGCUAAAGGUGUAGGGACACAGAAAAUCAUCGGCAGAGUGCACUUAGCUCAGGUCCAGAUUGAAGGGGAUUUCCUGGCGUGCUCCUUCUCAAUCCUUGAAGAGCAGCCCAUGGACAUGCUUUUAGGACUGGAUAUGCUUAAAAGGCAUCAGUGCUCCAUUGAUCUCAAGAAGAAUGUACUGGUGAUUGGCACGACGGGCUCACAGACCACGUUCCUCCCAGAGGGCGAGCUCCCGGAGUGCGCCCGGCUGGCGUACGGGGCCGGGCGGGAGGACAUGCGGCCGGAGGAGAUCGCAGACCAGGAACUAGCAGAAGCAAUACAGAAAUCCGUAGAGGAAGCAGAGAAUAGUGACAAAGAAACUACCUCACUGGAAAUGCCCUCAUUACCAGCUUCUGAUGGGUUUCAAAAUCCAGUCCAGUCUUCAGGACUAAAUUCCAAGAUCUGUAAUUCCACAAAUCAAUUACUUGAUCGUUCUGUCUCUGCCCCUGCUUCAGUUUGCUCAUCCGAAUCCAGCCUCACAGAGCCCAUUGAUCCCAGAGCUGUCAAGUCUUUGGAGUCUUCAACUGAAUGCCAGAUAACCCCAGAAGAAGAACAUCCUCUCUUAUCACAUCUUUCCAGUAACGCUUCCUUGGCAAAUAACGACCCUUCUCCCCAGCCAGGGGAGGUGCCCUGUUGCAAUCCAGCUUGCCUUUCACAGAAGACACUCAAAGAAACACUUAUUGCUGACAGUCUAAAGGAAUGUAAAGCUAAAGAACAAGACCAUGGUCAGGAACAUCCUUUGGAAGUGACAAAAGCAAAUAGUUUGGCUGACACUGCUGCUAAACAUGGGCAAAAUAAAGAUGUAUUUCUGUCUUCAGAACAGGAGGGGAAGCAUGAGCUUCCCAUAGUCCAUCAGACACGCAAAGAACCAGAAAAGGAACACGCGGAGGAACAAACUGAGACAACUGACCCAGAACCUCCUUGCCAUGUUGCUGGGGUUGAGAAACCUGUUGUGGAAGAAGCCAGACAGCCAGAAAAUCCUCCUGUGGAAAUAAGAGGAGAUGGACUGGAGAAACUAGGUCAUUCUUGUGGGAAAGGGAGUAUCCAAAUGUCAGCCUCCAUUAGCUGUAUGCAUACGGAAGCCUUCAUGGAAGUAGAUGUGGUUGAGCAGCCUGCAGCUGAAGUGCAGGGCUCAGCAAGUGAGCAGAAGCAGCAGGCUGGGAACAGAAGUGGAUCCAACCUGAACUUGGAUGCCUUUUCCAUGGAAGUGGAGUCGCUGAAGUCUGCAUCCUCCUUGAAUGAUCCGCUUUCCAUUGGUGAUGUUCCACAGUCUAAAAGCACUAGUGAGAUUCCUGCAAAGUAUACUGAGUUGUAUAAUCAGUUGGUGGCUGAAGGCAGCUCUUCCCCUUCCAGCAUCCAUCAGCUGGACAUGGAUCCAGGAAGACCUUCAGAAGAGCGAUGUUUCUCUCUUGCAUCAGCCUUGAAAGAGCUUCACAAACUCUUGGUUAUCAGUCAGAAAGGAGAAUGUAAAAUCCUUGCCUCUGAAGAAGUCUCUCAGCUGGAAAUGGCUCACAAAGGGCCAGCAGCACAGCAGAAGGGGCUUUCUGAAGAUAAGCAGAAAGGCUCAGAUCCAGCCAGCCAGGAACAGAGUUGUUCCUUGUAUGAGGUGAGGCCUGAAGGCGGAAGAGCAGAGGGGAAACAGCCUUGUGAUUGUGGCAUUGAAAACAUCAGCACUGGGUCUGGUGGUCACAUACAGUCUGCUCCGGGAGAAGGUGCUUCAGAGAUUCAGAAGUUUUCAGGUAAGAGUGAUUUGGUCGUGGUGAAUUCUGCAGCCACACCUGACCAGCAGCAGAGCUCUGAGCAGGAGGAGGUUUUGGCAGGAGGUCAUCAGAGUCCAACUAGUCCCACUCUGGAGCAGAAGCCGUCUGUUUCCUCUGCACCCACUGUGGAUGAAGGUGCACCUCAGGAUACUCAGAGCCUGUUCACAGGAGCACCCAGGAGAAGCAGCACUUCUGCUCCAGAAGGUCCAUGGCUGGGUGGGUGUGAGGAACCACUGCAGAACCCACCAGCUGCCUGUACUGGACUUACCUCGGGAGCUUCUCCUCUCCCUGCCUUCCCUGCAGCUGAUGUUGAUCGGAUCCUUGGUGCUGGUUUUACCAUGCGGGAAGCUCUUGAGGCCUUGGAACAAGCAGAUGGAAACGCAGAUCUUGCUCUUCUCAUCUUGCUAGCUAAGAGUAUCGUUGUUCCUACAUAACCACGGAAGAGGUAGCUGACUGGGGUGUCUUUUCUUUUAAAGGACAUAUCUAAAUUACAUACCAUGAUGUACAAGCAGAAUGUUGAGCCAGGUUUUUUAAUUCUUUGCAGCCAAAGUAACUUGUCUCUUCUGUUUCACUUGUUAGAUUUGGCCUUUGAAAAGAACAAAAACGUCCUAGCAUUGUGUGGACGGAAUAGCUUUUAAUUAUGCGUACUGGAUGAAAAUUCAUGUUUUUAUUUCAAUGUACAAGUUUAGAAUAAGCUCCAAUGUUACGAAUAAAAAGCAGAAGCCAUUCAGGUGCCCGCCCUGGCCGGCGCAGAGCAGGUUGUGAAGUGAAUUGAGGGUGCGUGUGUGCAGGACAGGAGCUGCACACUGCGCUCAGUGCAGCGCCGACACAGCAGCACGUGUCCAAAUGGACUCUGGGAUCUGGUUUAGUUCUCCUGUGCUUCAUAACCCAACGUCUGUGACACUUGUGAAACUACUGUGGCAGCUGCUAAAGGUCUGUAGAUGCCCACAGACGUGUAGUGCUUUGCAGGAGGAACACAGGGCGAGGGGGGGCUGGAAACGUGCGGUUUUGGGUGUGCACAGGGAAGGCUGAUGCCUAUUUUUGCCAAACCCUUUUCUGCUCUUGGGCCAGUGUGUUCAAGUUUACAACAUGGGGAUAGAAGAAGGGAAGGGAUAGAAUUUGGUGCUACCAAAACUUAAAGAGACGUUUUAACUUAUUUGAAGAUGUGCUGGUAUUAAUUGUAGGGGUGGGGAGGGAAAAGGAGUGGUUUACAUUUUCUUUCUAGCCUUGCCCACACCAUGUUUCCCCCAGACAACCAAGCUCAACCACUUUAAGGCAAAAUGAUGAAAUUAUAACAAACCAUGUGUUAUGGCUCCCUCUGCCCGGGGAAGAAUGAACUGUUGCAAUGGAUGCAUUCUCUAUGCACCAAGCAGGGGGUGAUCAGAAGGAUGAAGAAAUCUGCUUUGCACUAGUUUUAUCUGGAUGUUUGGGGAUGAUCAGCCUCUCAGCUGUGGAAAUGCAAACUGUGGGGCACCAGCAGCAGCUGGUGGGUACUAAUUUAAUACCUCUUCAAAGAGCGAGGGCUCCCCAAUAGGGUUUAUGAAACAAAUGCACUGAUGUGGCUUCUGCAUUAACCAUUGUGGCCUUCUGGGACAUCCCGGGUGAGUGACGAGGGCUCACCAAGGCUGUGCUGUAGGAAGCCCUUUCCAGAUGGUUGGGUUUUUUUUGGGAGGAUGAACUACUUUGUGAUGUUCUGCAAAGCCCUGUUGGGGCUGGGGAAGGGGAAGGAAAGUGUGGCUGAAAAACGAUGCCAAAUUUUAAGUAGGAACUUUCACUUGGUCCCACUUGCAAAUGGCAGAAGUGGCUUUGUGUCAAGUGUUCAUCUGGAAUCUUCUGCUUUGAGCUAAACCUGAAGCGAUGGGGCAGCAGCAGCUGGACACAUGUUUUUGUUCAUGCCUUUCAUUUGUUGUCAUCAUUGUCUCUGGCCUGUGUUCCUGGUGUUUUGCUUUCCCUGUUGCUUGGCAGAUUUGCCUCCGUGUGUGCAAGGCUUGUUUUCCUGCAGGGUGGCAUUGAAAAACCAGCACAAAUUUGGUUUCAUCUGUGAACUCGCAGGAGUCUGUGGUGUCGGUGAGCUGUGGUUGUCAGGUUUUUCUUAGAUGCUUGGGCAGCCAGGAGAUCCUUUAGAGGAGCCAACAGCUUUAAGGCAUUCCUCUGAUGUCAAAUGGAGCUUUUGCAUGCACUGCGAAGGUACCAGCUAGGCCUGGGGCUCCCAGAUCUGUUUAGCUCAUAGCCUGCUCCUUAUGAUGGUGGCAGCAGGCAGUGCUCUGCUGUUUGGGAGCCCCUUGCCAGAGCAGCAUUGAGUAAUUCACUUGAGGCUCUCUACAAAAUGACUUGCUGAGGCAAGAACACAGCUGUAUCAUCUUCACUGGGCAGGUAGUAAGUGUUACCCCUGCUGAAGUAUUAUCUUUUUUGAUAUAUUCUCCUUGCAAUGGGCACCUCAAAUCAGCAAAAGCCCUCUCUGAACAGGGUAAUGCUUGGGCUGGUACAGGAGUACAGUGUCAUCAGAUCUCCCUCUAGAAGCCUUAGGAAAUAAGAUAUAUUAGAC